AAUUAGGCUGAAUUUUGUUCUUUUUUGGUGUUUUAUUGUGGAAAUUUGAGAUAUGAUUAAUUUCUGAUGUGUCGAUUUCUUUAUUUGGAUGAUUUGUUUUGAAUUUCAUAUGUUUUAUAUUGAAUGAUGACUUUAAUUUAUUUGGGGUUUCUUUUUGUGGAAAUCAUGAGAUCCAAGUGCCGAAGGUGAUGAUUUCUUGCUUUUGAUAAUUUUGCGGCUUUCUUUUUGCUUUUUUAUGCCGGGAACUGAAAGGCUUGAAUAAGCCAUCAUCUGAACCGUGAAAAAAGUGGGCCCCACCUUGAAUAUGUCUUUUCUUGAAAAUCAAGACGAUCCACUUUUGAGAUGGGUAGCACCCGUAUGUUGAAUCACAUUGUCAGCAGUCCAUUGAUUCUGAUGUUAUGGCGUACUCUGUUUUCUGCACCAAGUGAUUUUCAUUGUGGGGUCCAUGGCUAGGAUGCCGUACACAAGUGACAAAUUGGUGAGAAUGGUGCUGCAUGCUAAGUUAGCAUGCAGCCAGCUGUAGGCUAUCUGUUGUCUUUUAUGUCCUCAUGUUUUUAAUUUGGUGGAGUUUGGAGAUGAUUAUAGUAUGUUUCAUUGUUGAUCUUGAAUGGCCACAUUCAUUAGGAUGGUGAAUGCUGCUUUGGCUGAAGUUAUGAAUUAAUUAGAGUGCACCUAUCAAUGGUAAAGUAAGAUUCACAAUUCAUUGAUUCCUGAAUUUGAUGAAAUUUCUACUUGGAUUUUUUCAGUCAUAAGCCACAAUCUUUAUUAAGAGAAGGAGAAUGAUUUACAUAAGGGGGACAAGAAUCCCCAAAUACAUAAAAGUUCUAUUGGUUCACCACAGCUGGAUGCUUUAUGCAUGAUGCCUCAGUUAUUGCAAUUUAUAUUUUGCUUUAGAUUUUAUAGUUCACUGUUUCCUACAGGGAAAAAAAAAAGAGCCAGCGAAGAACAUUAGAAUCUUUCUUGAAAGUCAUAAUCUACCAUUGCUGGGAGGUGAAGUUGAAUUGAGAUCAACGAGUGGGAUAUGGAAGAAAAUGAUCUGUUGUUUAUAGAUGAUUGACUUUGGUUGCUGGUGAUGAUUAUGAUGGUACGGUUGCAUUGAUGAUGCAAUGGUGGAUUUAGAGAUAAUGUGCGUUGGUGGAAUACUGUGAUCAUGCGUUGGUGGAGGAGAAGAUGGGGUGGCUGCCUGAGUGUUUACUGGUGUUUUGGAUCUCAGAGACAUGGGAAGCGCAUUGGUCAUGCUGUUCUUGUUCCCGAACCGUCAUUGUCAGGACCUGACGCACCUGCAAGUGAAAAUCCGUCCCACCCACCAGCGCUAGUACUACCCUUCAUCGCACCCCCCUCCUCUCCUGUGUCUUUCCUCCAAUCAGAACCCCCUUCUGCUACCCAAUCACCGGCUGGAUUAAUUUCCUUCACCUCAUUUUCCGCCAACUCCUACUCCCCUGGCGGGCCCAAUUCCAUCUUCGCCAUUGGGCCCUAUGCCCAUGAGACCCAGUUAGUCUCGCCUCCUGUCUUCUCGACCUUCACCACUGAGCCGUCGACUGCACCCCUAACCCCACCUCCAGAACCUGUGCACCUGACGACGCCGUCAUCGCCCGAGGUGCCAUUCGCUAAGCUGCUGAGCUCCUCCCUAGAUCACAACCACAAAUCCGUCGAGACGUGCCGGCCAUUCACAUCUUCGCACUAUGAGUUCCAGUCGUACCAGCUGUAUCCAGGGAGCCCGGUGGGCCACCUCAUAUCACCCAGUUCGGUGAUUUCUGGGUCUGGCACAUCAUCUCCCUUCCCUGAUCUGGAGUUCCCUCCAGGUGGAUGCUCCUUCCCUUCAUUCCACCCGACUGAGCCGCCCAAGCUCUUGAGCAUUGAUGAGCUGUCUGCACGAAAGCUGGUGGCAAGGAAAGAUCAGGGUCCCGCUGUAACAGAUACUCCUGGUCCCACCUCACAAGACGGCUUGCAUCUGGAGAGUCAGAUCUCAGCCAUCGCAUCCCUAGCAAACUCCGAUAAUGAAUCACAGAAUGAUGAGCUUCUCAGUCACAGGGUGUCGUUUGAAUUAGCUGCAGAAGAGAUGGCCAGCUGUGCAGGGAAGGAAGCGGCUAUCUUAGACCGAGCUGCAUUGGAAUCACAAUCAGACCCGACUGCCACUGUAACCAAAGAAGAACAUCUUUCAAGCGAAGAACUAAAGAAUGCUCGUGAGGUCCACUGCCCUGCUGAAACCUCCAACAGAUCCCUGGAGAAGGCAUCCGAAGAUGGGGAGCAGCUGCAGCAGGACCGGGCGCAGCAGCCACAGCCAUCCCUUGCUGCUGCAGUCUCCAGGGAGUUUAAAUUCGACAAUGCAGAUGGAGCAUCCACCGGCCCCACUGUUAGCUCUGACUGGUGGGCCAACGAGAGGGUUGUCGGUGCAGAGGCCAUUGGACCUCGUAACAACUGGGCCUUCUUCCCCAUCAUACAGCCAGGUGUCAGCUGAUAGGUGAUGACGGUGGGGUUGCACCAAAUAUGCCCGUGGGCCACGUGGUCAGCCAGAAAAUCAUUUGUGCCGAAGUAGAUUCGGUGGGAGGGAUCUCUUGGAUAUGUGGUUGAACGGACGGAUAGAUGCCAACACUUGAGAAAAGGUGCGUCAUUUUUCACAUUUUGAGUCAGAUCCCCGCCGGAAAAGAAAGAUAAAAAUGGGGGAUGGUUUCUCUAGGUAUGUAAUAUGUAGUCUGUAGUAAAUAGCUUCUUCCUCUUUGGAUUUCUGACUUUUGAUAGGAAUAACAACACUUGUAGUUAAUUUCUUC